AUGAAUGAAUCUACGAUUACAGAGGGCUUUCACGGCGUUUCAGUGGAAUCUGAAAGCAUUUAUUUUUUAAAAACACCAGAAGAGUUUUAUAACACAUUAAUUGUAAGUUACGAAUUAAUUGUAAUAUGAUCUUUAGGACAAAUUAGGUGCAGCCAAGAAACGAGUAUAUCUUUCUGCACUUUAUUUGGGCACUGGUGAAUUGGAACAAAGCUUGGUAAGUUCAUCUUUUCAGUUUUUAUUUUAAUUUAGGUAACAAAAUUAGAAGAUCGAGUUAACAAAAAUGAUGAGAUCACUGUGAAGUUGUUGUUUGAUUAUCUCAGAGGCACUCGUGGAGGUGAAAAGAGUUCUGUUGGAAUCUUGAAACAUCUUUCUGACAAGAUAGAGGUAUGUCAUCUUCAAAGUGUUUUCGUUUGCUGUUUUUCUGAAUAACAGUCAUGGUCUCACAAAUUACAAUUUUACAUUAUAGGCCUACUUUUUUCACACUCCAAAUCUCCGUGGAAUUUUAAAGAAGUAUAUGCCAGAGAGAGUAAAUGAAAUAGUUGGAUUACAACAUAUGAAGUUUUUCAUAUUUGACGAUACGAUCAUUAUAUCUGGCGCCAACUUGUCAGACACGUACUUUACUAACAGACAAGAUCGGUAUGUCGUUAUCGAGAAUUCUCCAGAACUGGUCGAUUUCUUUGUGACUUUAUUUGAAGCUGUUUCUUCAUGCUCUUUCCAAUUGAAAUCUGAUGGUAGUUUAGAGCCAAAGUGCGAUGUUCAUCCUUUUAAAGGUAAGAUUCUAUCAUUUUUACGAAUUAAAAGUUUUUAAAAUGAUUAUACAUUAAUGUUGUGGAUUUCUUAAAUGUGGUUCGUCUAAUUUUAGGUAAACCUGAUGAUUACAAAGACUUAUUUCUCUCAAAGACGAAUGACGCUUUAUCCAAAUUGGGAAAGUUUCAAGAGACAACAGAAACCCUAGUGUAUCCAGUAGUUCAGAUGGGAUCUUUUAAGAUUCGAGAAGAAGAACGGCUGAUGAAGAACAUAUUCAGGAAACAAGAUGUUGAGAUGGAUAUUACUUUAGCUACCGGAUACUUAAAUUUAUACGACCAAUACUCAGAUCUUAUGCUCAAUGAAUCUAACUGUCCUAUUGAUAUUGUUUUUGCGUCACCGGAGGUAAUGAUUAUUUUACAUUUUUUAUAAAAUUUUUGUGUUGGCAGUAUAUUAAUGUUAUACUAUUAUAUAUAUAUUUUUGGAAAUCUACAAAAAAUAUGAUUUACAGUUAUACACAAACUUUAGGCGAAUGGAUUUCACAAAGCUAAAGGGAUCUCAGGCUACAUACCAGCUUUAUACGUUUACAUUUCGGAACUCUUACUCCGUAAAAUCAACCAGUUAGGAAGGAAGAUACGACUAUUAGAGUACCAGAAACCUGGGUGGUCAUUUCACGGAAAAGGAAUGUGGAUCAAUUCGAAGACAGACGACUACACGGCUACUGUAAUAGGCUCGAGUAACUUUGGUUACCGUAGUACGACACGAGAUCUAGAAGCCCAACUUGUCAUCGUGACGAGGAAUGAAGUCUUGAAAAGGAGGAUCAAUGAAGAAAAGAGUUUCAUAUUAGAAAACACGAGGCCAUUGGACCAUGUUUUACUGGCCAAACCCGACCACUACGUACCGUUUUGGGUACGGUAUGUGACACAGGUGUUUAGGAAUUACUUUUAGCCGAUUGUUGUUGUUCUUCUUGUUACUUGUUUAAUAAAAAUGAGGAAUGGAACAAUAUGUUUUUUGAUUUGUUCGUUCUUUCGAUGGAAAAGUAUACCUACAAUAAUAUUUAAAAGAUGAAAUUAUUUUGGAAGCAAGGACAUUUUACGAUUGUCGUUUUGGAUUGAAUAAUGUUUUUUAGAUGUCGUUUUUAAUGACAUCCGGCGGAUUGUUAAUUCGUGAGUUUGUGAAACGAGUAAAACCAGUAGAAAGGCAUGGUGCACUUGUGCCAACACGAGGAUUUUACACAUCAUCAUCCAAACGAACCUUGAGGAGAAGAGCUAAACCAGUAUCGGUCGAUCCUUUUAGUCCAGCUGAAUUGAAACAAAGAAUGGGAGGAUUCUCGGCCAGAAGGCUCGCUUCAACUAGUGCACAGUCAUAUCAGAAUGAUGCUGAACAGUGGUACGUAAUUUGUUUUAAAAGCUUCACAAAAUUGUAUUUAAUGUAAAAAUGUAACGUCCGUUUACAGCAUUCAUUUUAUUUUAGGAUACCAGUGUACCGUUUCACAAAAAUUGGAAUGUGCUUCAUGGUGGCCCGUGCCAAGUUUUACCAGACGAUCGCCAGUAUAGCGCUGAUACCUUAUGAAACCUAUCGUAUGACGAUGGGAAGUUGUGACCUUCAAGAAUACUUUACAGUCUGUGGCCUCGCCUUCUUGGCUCCGUGUGUUCUGAUGGCCUUUGCCAAUACUUUUAAUAAGCUCGUAGGAGUAGUAUCAUUCAAUCCAGAAACAGAGGAAUUCAGGUUCGGAUACCUUUCUUUCUGGGGCAGAAGGACCAACAAACUCGUUAAAUACGACGAAAUAUACUCUCUACUAGAUACCCACGAUCCAACUGACAAGAAAGUCAUUUUAAAGAUGGACUUCUCGGAGUAAGUUACUAGUUUAAUUAUUAACAUUUUAAUUUUCAAAAGUAAUUCUAAGCACAAAGUUAUCUUUCUCUUAAGUUUUGAGAUAACUUAAAAUUUUUAUACGAAUUACUUCGUAAGCUUAAAAACAAACCCUUGAGAUAAUGUUUCUUUCAGCGGAGACUCUCUGUUUAUACCUACAAACUCAGUCCAAAUAGUUGAUGAAACCUUGGCAAAACAAUUGUUUGGAGAUCUGACGUUUUUCAAAAAGCUUGAAUGA